AUGUCUUUGACAGUCGCUGAUUUCCUUGAGCCUUGGGUUGUGGAUGCAGAGGAACUCCGUCACACGCUUGCAGACUCGGCUCGAUCUACGUCCGUUGACAGGCGCUACGAAGUCCUUGGACAGACUCAACCAUGGCACUCGUUCAAUUCCUACGAUAUCCGCUCUGCGCCCGUCCUUCGUCAUUCCUUAGAAACGGAGUUCAUCCCCCGAUGGCAGGCAUGGAUGUCGGACGUUUCCCGCGUUAUAUAUUCUGAAAGAAUGCUGGAGAAUCUGUACUCCAGUACCUUAAUUACUCGUGUGAAUAUCGCUCUUCAGCAUGUAAUCCCAUCAGGGGAUCGCUGCAUCACCAUCAUAACGUGCCCGGGCGCUUUUGAUAGUCAUGACCCUGAUGUGAAAGGUGGUAAAAGAACCGUUAUACUGCCCGACUGGAUUGCCUUAGAAGGCGAAUACAAACCGCAUGAUGAUAGCUUCCCGAACCUAGAGGAACUUGCAUUUAGUGGGAAGGUCAUUGCAGUCGGGGAUACAAAACUGGUAAGCCGGCGAUUAGCUUCUAGUGGGGUGGAUGAAAAGAUCAAGGACACUAUUGCAGGUACGCAUUCGUGCCAUCGGAGUUACCUGGCUCAGGUACAACACUACGCAAAGAUGCUUCGUACACGGUUUGGGUUCGUUCUCACAAACAAAGAAUUGGUGCUGGCGCAAUUCCUGCGCGAAGAAGAACCGGCACCACGACUUCAUGAUCAACGUGGGCUAAGGUCUUCAACAGGGCCCCCACUACACCUAGGUCUUUCAUCAGACUUCCGGAGCUCUAGUGCGGAGGAAAUGGAUGAAUCGCCAGUCGAUGAACUGAGCCCAUUUUAUCUCUCUCAGCCGAAGAGACGGCAUGACAGCAGUGAUAAUCCAACCCUGUCACGGCGUUCCCCUGCUCCCGUCGACCCUUCGGAAGAUCAAAAUAUUGACGGGUUGCCUUCGACCCCAUCAGCCCCUCCUACAGUAGUUGAUGAUCUGCCGUCAAGCCCUCCUAGGCCUUCUCAAGCCGUGGAGCAACCUAUGCCGAAGAAGCUAGUAUCAACACCUGCUCAAAAUUCUCCUCAACCUUUACUUCCGAUGCAUAUUACAACCAGUCCCAUUCAACCAAAUGUGUUAGUGGGCUCCCCAUUUGGAUUCCUUUCAUCCGAGCCAAGCUUUCCCCAGUCGAGCGGUACACCCUAUCUAUCAUCAGAACGUGAUCAUGACAUAGGAAAGGUUCUGGUAAAAAGCUUCAGAAUUCCGAAUCCAUGCGACAAGGAUGAAGUCCGGAUAACAAAGGAGUUACACCCCGCAAAAGCUUUAUUUGUAAUGUUGAUGCAUGCCUCCUCCGUCGGUGCCCUGGGAAGGCGGAUAGGAAAGGAAGAAGUACUGUUUGGAGGCCAGUCACGCGAAGACGAAUAA